AUGACUUGUGUCGGAGAUGAAGAAGAUGACCCGUUCCCCGUCGAUGACGGCCUGUUUACCGAGACGUUUUCUCUGGACUCUGUGUUCCACCUGAUGGGGGAAGAGCUGAGGAUAAAGCAGGUGUUCGGCGCCAACCUCGGCGUGGCCGCUCCGGUCUGGGAAGCUGCGCUACACUUGUGUCGGUACCUGGAGGACGAGUCGGUGCUGUUACGGGGACAGCGCAUCAUAGAGCUGGGAGCAGGCACCGGUGUGGUCGGGAUUUUAGCAGCUCGCAUGGGUGCAGAGGUCACCCUUACUGACCUCCCCCUGGCCCUUCCGCAGCUUCAGGCCAACGUUUCAGCCAACGCUCCAUCUGAUGGUUGGCCUGUCUCUCCCACCGUCCUCCCUCUGUCUUGGGGUCAGGACCACCUAAACUUCCCCUCUGACUGGGACCUGGUGCUUUGUGCAGACAUUAUUUACCUCCCAGAAACGUACCCCCUGCUGGUGGAAACGCUGGCUCAUCUGUGCAAAAACGGAGCUACGGCGUAUCUCUCAUCCAAAAUGCGCAUGGAGCACCAGGCUCAAAGUUUCUACGAGGAGUUUUUACCGAGCAGAUUUAACGUGGAGCUUGUGCACCGUGAUGACGAACAGAACAAUAACGUCUACAGGGCGACUCUGCAGUGACAGCAGGAGCGUGUCUGGUUUCUUUGGUGAAGUUUAUAUUUUUAGAUGCCUGUUUUAGAUGAUGAGUGAUUUAAGUUUUCCAGACCUUGUCAAAGUACGUUGUAUUUUGUACCUCAUAUUUUUUCAUUGGUACAGCUCAGCAUUACAAUCAACCGUGUGCCUUAAGAUCAGUCUUUUUUUAUUUUGGCACAAAUAAUCACCAAAUUAAAAGAAUUGCUUUGUCUAAAAAAGCAAUUAAACAAUAUAGG